AUGACAACACCUACUCCCAAGCAAACCAAGGAAGAAAUCCUUGUCCCUAAUUUUCUCGAUGAAAUGGCCAAGACACAUUCGUCAGAGGAGUGCUUUUCUAUCCCUCGAACCAAUUCCCCUGCGGAUGGUUGGACCGAGAUCUCUUGGUCACGCUAUGCGAAUGCUAUCAAUCGAGUUGCACAAGAAAUCAUUGAUGCAUGCGGCCUGGCUAAGUCCGAUACUUUCCCCACCAUUGCGUAUAUUGGACCAAAUGACUGUCGGUACCUUGUAUUUGUCGUCGCUGCCGUCAAAGCUGGUUACAAGGCUCUAUUACCCUCGCCUCGCAAUCCAGAUGCCGAUCAACUACAUUUAUUCAAGGAAACUAAAUGUGUCGCCAUCUUCUAUGAUAGCGCGAUGACAUCUGCUGUCGCGACGUGGCUUGAAAAGUGGUCCAUGAAAGGAGUUGUCAGUGGAACGAUCGAUGGCUGGCUCGAUGCCACACCAGUACCUGAAGUUCCUUACAAUCGACCUUUCCAGAAAGGAAAGCUUGAGCCUUUCGUAGUGCUUCACACAAGCGGCAGCACAGGUUUUCCAAAACCUAUAGUCGCUUCCCAGGCCAUCUUCUGUAUCAGUCACAUGUAUCAGACACUACCUGAAUGGAAGGGUCGUAGAAUCUUCCUCCAUGGCUACACUGCAGCAAAGAGACUCUUUAUACCAUUGCCUUUGUCACACGCUAGCGGCAUGUACGGAUUUUUCGGCAUCAUAUUCUGGAAGGUGCCAGUCGCCUUGACGAUGCCGUCCGCGAUGAUCACCCCAGAAUCAAGUUUAGAGAUGGUGGCUUGCUCAAAGUCUGAUGCUGUCUUUCUUCCACCUUUUUUCUUGGAGGAUUUGAGUACCAAGCCCGAAGCAAUUGAGCAGCUAAAACAGAUGACGUUUGUCGGAUUUGGCGGCGGUCCUCUAGCCUCCGACGCAGGGAAUCGCCUCGUAGAAAAUGGUGUUGUGCUUCACAAUUCCGUUGGAUCUACAGAGGUAUCUGCCUUCCCGUUCUACUGGCAGAACAAUAAUGCCUUGUGGGAAUGGAUCAUUAUUAACUCGGACAUCUUGGGGGCAGAAUGGAUUCCAUUCGACGAUUCCAGUAACUUGUUUGAGUUGGUCAUUCAUCGUAAGGAUGAAAAUCCUGGUAUGCAGGCUGUUUUCUAUCAGAUGCCGCAUCUCUCGCAAUUCCGAACGAAGGAUCUCUUCAUGAAGCACCCGACAGAGCCUGAUCACUGGAAAUUUCACGGCCGAGUUGACGAAACCAUCGUUUUCAGCAACGGGGAGAAACUCAAUCCGGUUCCUAUUGAGGGCCGACUUAUAGGCCAUCCGAAAAUUUCUGCCGCAAUAGUGGUCGGUGCGUCGAGGCCACAGCCUGCGCUACUAUUAGAGGCUGCCGUUGUUAUCACGAACCAGACUGAAGCCGACAAAUUUAUCGAAGAAAUUUGGCCCAUGAUUUCGAGCAUAAACCAAGAUACCGUGACUAAUGGCAGGAUAAGUCGCCACUUAAUUACACUUGCCAGUCCAAAGAAACCCUUCCCACGAUUGGACAAAGGGACUAUCCGACGCCGCGCUGCCAUUCAAUUGUAUGAGGCAGAAAUCAAUGAGCUUUACAGCCAGGCAGAGACGGUCAAACCUGAACUAGCGCCCACGUUGGAUACCAGCUCGAGCGAAAACCUCGCUAACUCAAUCCUGUCUGUCUUGAGGUUGAACCUGGACGUAGCAAAUAUUCAAGCGGAUACGGAUUUCUUUGCCGCAGGAAUGGACUCUUUACAAAUGAUGGAGGUAAUUCGUCUCUUGCGCGGAGGAUUCGAGGCUGCCGGCAUCAACUUGCCACCACAACAAAUUAUCAUAGCUCGGAAUAUCUACACUAACCCUACAACGACACGGUUGGCACAAGAUUUGUACUCGCGGUUGAUCCAAAAACAAGAAACUUCAAGCGAUGAGAGCAAGUACCAGGCACAAAAGCUCCGCAUAACCCAGACGCUACUUUCAAAGUACAGCCAUGACCUGCCUCAUCCGGCAGAAUCGAAAUCAGAACCACGAGAAUCCGGACAGGUUAUCUUGAUCACAGGAACCACCGGAAGGCUGGGUACCUAUCUAUUGACCCUAAUGUCCCGUAAUACACGUGUCCACAAAAUCAUCUGUCUGAACCGAUCGGCAAAUGCUAAGGCGCGACAGGAGGAAAUGUGCAGGAAACUCGGAUUGGACAGCUUGAAUAAGGCUGAGUUCUUGCAAGCUGAUCUGAGCAAGGAAGACUUUGGCCUCGGUUACGACACAUACAAGCGCCUGCUGAAUGAAGUCGAUCGGGUGAUUCAUGCCCAGUGGGCUGUGAACUUCAAGCUGGCCGUAGAGAGUUUCGAGGUCCAUAUCAAGGGUGUCCGUGGCCUGGUUGACUUCAGCGCCCAUGCAAACCAUAAAGUACCUAUCAUCUUCCUCUCCAGUAUCCUUGCCGCGGUAGGGACCAAGAUCACCGACAAGGAGGACGACCUUGAGACUCCAACGACGGGAUACGGUCGCAGCAAGCUCAUUGCUGAGCGCGUGCUGGAUUCUACCGCGAAAUUAUGCGGUAUUCCGACAUGUACCAUCCGAAUCGGCCAGAUCUCUGGACACGAGGGCCCUGGCCCGGGGAUGAUUUGGGAGAAGAAGGAAUGGCUUCCAAGCGUGAUUGGAUCAUCUGUGAAAAAGCUAGGGGUACUUCCUAGUGAUUUGGGCCCGAUGAACGACAUCCAGUGGAUGCCAGUCGAUCGUGUGGCCAGCACUGUCCUCGAGCUUACCGGCAUAACAACAUCACGCCCGCUAGCGCAAAUUAACGGCUAUUUCUACUGCGUUAACCCAAAUAUCACGUCCUGGACACAUAUAGCUAGCCACGUUGCUCAAUACUAUGGUACACGUGUCACAAAGCUUGUCACUUGGAAAGAAUGGGUAAACCUGCUCCAGCACAGUGCUGGCAGUGACGAAAACGUUGUAGAAAAUCCCGCCCUUGAGCUCCUGGACUUUCUUCUGGACACAACGGAGCUUACCGAUACCGAGGCGAAACAAAUUAUGAAGUUUAUCAGGCAAAAUAUGGACAACAAGACUAUACUAGGGAGCAGGACUAUGAGUGAGACGCAGGGUAUCACGUCGCAGCUGAUGUUGAAAUGGUGUGAGGAAUGGGCAUAUUAA